AUGUUUCACUCAACUGCUUUAUUCAUUUACACGAUCAUGGGUGCUUUGAUCAUCACCUCAGCUCUGUUUCUGUUGUGGUCCUAUCGAAGGUAUCGCUCAGUUUGCAAAAAAUACUCAAUCAUUCCAUACGGAAGAGAGCAGUUUAUUCCGCCCAUCUUGUGCAGCUAUCUGCCUGAAUUUUUAAUUCCAAAGGAUUGGGGAAAGCGAUUGGGAGAAAAUUUGGCACCAAAAACAUUUGCUAAAUUCAUGCGAGAGAGUGGCUAUGAUAAAGUCUAUAAAGUAGUUUUGGGAAUAUUUAAUCAAGGAAUUGUCGUUAUUGGUGACUCCGAUUUUUUGAAAGAUGUAGCCACGAAAAAAUUAACGGUCAAAGGCAAUGAACUGAACUCGACCGUUCAGGAACUGUUUGGAGGAAGCAAUGUGUUUACGGAAACAGAGUAUGAGGUGUGGCAUAGACAUAGAAAGAUUCUGGAACCUUCGUUUUCACCAUCUUCGUUGGCAUUGGUUGCAGAAGUGACAACCAAUGUUGUUUUGAAUGAGUUAAUUCCAAGAAUUACAGAAAAUGGGUAUCGUAGAGAGGUGGACAAGGAUUUUUCAAGCUUAACUCUUGAUGUCAUUGGUCGUGCUGGAUUUAAUUAUUCAUUUAAUUCGUUUGCAAGUCACGACAAUUCAAGUUUGACAGCUCAAACUCAAACACUCUUUCACAUGCUUCCUCUUUAUGAGCUGUUUCCAAAAUUUAUAAGAGAUCACAUUGGAAUAUUUCCUCACAAGCCAGCUAAAGACAUUGCUUCACGUUUCACUGAUGCCAUUCAAAAAAUUAUUCAGAACAGAACGGCACAUUCAGAAAUGGAAUACCAUGACAUUUUAUCAAUAUUACUCCAAGCCCGAGACGAGGGAAAGAAAAAUAAUGAGAGCGACAGCAUGACCGACGAAGAACUCAUCUCGAAUUGUUUUGUUUUGCUCAUUGCAGGUCAUGAAACCACUGCAAAGACCUUAGGAUUUGCCUUAUAUCUUUUAGCUUCGAGUAAGGACGCACAAGAAAGACUCCAUAAAUUCAUAGAUCAAGAUUAUCCAGCUCUUUAUGGAAAGGAUACUUUUGAUUUUGCAGAUUAUCAGGCAGGCAGGCUCGAUUACGUUAAAGCCAUUGUUAAAGAAACCCUCCGCUUGUUUCCUCCCGUUAUUGCUGCCAUGAGAGAGCUUACAAAGCCUUAUACCUACAAGGGUUAUCAUUUACCAAAAGGAUUUAGAGUCGCAGCUUCGUGGCAAUUAAUGCAUAGAGACGAAAAGUACUGGCCAGAGCCUGACGAAUUUAUUCCUGAACGAUUCUUGAAAAAAAAGAAGGAAGACAAGUUGCAGGAAGAAAAGCAUCAAGACGACAAACCAGAACUUGUCACACCUCAAGAGUUCAUUUCCACUCCAAAGAUGGAGGUGACUUGUUUCAAUCCCCAUAUUGCUGUGCAUAACAAUCCAUUUGCCUAUGCCCCAUUUGGAAUUGGAAACAGAAUUUGCAUUGGAAGAAAUUUUGCUGAAGUGGAAGCAGUCAUUGCUUUGGCUUUAUUAGCGAAACAUUUCAAAUUUUCAAUUUCUGAAAAUUACAAAAUGGAGCUAGACAUGUUUCUUACUUUGAGACCAAGAGAUACAUUGUACAUUAACUUUGAGAAGAAGCAGAAGUAA